GGGAACUCGCGUGUUUCAGUAUCCCACAAAUUAAGAAGCAAUGCACUGCGUCGCAGGGUCGUGGACACGUUGACGUGACGUCACAGGAAUUGCAGACGCGCUAAACAUUCGGGUUUCGAGCCAAAAGUUAGUGCUUAGUGCUUGCCUUGUUUUGGUGUUUGGCGUGGUUGGUAUUGGACGAUGGAUUCGUGGGGCAUUCUGAAUGUUGACACCGCCGCGGCCGCCAUAUCGAGAGACGAUACGUCCACCAGUUUCAGACGGAAGGUUUUGGUCGUUGACAUAGAAUUGGCAACACUUGGAAAAAUCUGUUGAUCUGUUGAUUACACAGCCAUAAACAUAGAUAGACUAGUUGUGAAGAUGCUUGAAAGAUCAAGAAUGUCGGAUUCUCCAGAAAUGGAUACCCCUGCGGAAGAGGAGAUAUCAGACAUAAAUGAAUCAGUGUUGCGCCAAAGUACGGAAAUACUUGCAACAACGACGCGUCAAAGCCCACAAAUUGAUGACUUGACUGAAACUCAAGAGGAUAAUAUACGCCAAAGUCCAGAAAUGAAUGAACCAAAAAGUGAAAGUCCGGAAAUAAAACAAACGACGCAAGAAUCACCAGAAAUUAAUAUAAUGUCGAUGUUUGAAAGUUUAGCCGUUAAUGCACUGACAACGAUAGGAAAUCCAGGAACAAACGUUGAAGUUAAGGGAGAACAUCCUUCGAUGCCAAAAAAAAUAAAGAGAAGCGAAUUCACUCCAUCUGAAUGUAGCGAUUUUUCAGACGAGUUUCCAAUACCUCCACAAAGAAGCAAAAAGAAAGAUCGUACCAUAGAGAAACUGCCCGACAAGGUUCUGCUGAAUAUAUUCUCGUAUUUGUCUCACCGCGCGAUAUGUCGCAUGGCCACGGUGUGCAAACGCUGGCGGAUGGUGGCCUACGACACCAAGCUCUGGACCCACGUCAGCUUGCGACCUGAGAUAUCUGGACUCCAUGUAGGUUCUCUGGAAUCUCUCCUGGCGCUGAUAUCGAUAAGGUUCGGCCCCUCGCUGCGGUACAUCGAGCUGCCAAUAGAACUCAUCACGCAUACAGUGCUCCACGAGCUGGCGUCCAAAUGCCCUAACUUGACCCACAUGCUGCUUGAUUUUAGUACAGCUAUGCAGCUCCACGACUUCUCGGAAAUGCAGGCGUUUCCUACGAAGUUACGCUAUCUGUGCAUAUGUCUGUCUGAGGUCAUCUUCAUGGAGGGUUUUAUGAGGAAGAUAUACAACUUUAUCAAUGGAUUAGAAAUAUUACAUCUUAUUGGCACAUACGAAAAGGUGGAAGAAGAAGAGGAAGAGAUCUACGAAGUAAUCAACGUCCACAAACUGAAGUCGGCCACUCCCAACCUCCGCGUCAUCAACUUGUAUGGCAUCAACUUUGUUGACGACUCGCACAUUGACGCCUUCAGCUCCAACUGUAUACAGUUGGAAUGCCUCGCAGUGAACUAUUGCAACAAGGUGACGGGUUCCACCAUGAAGACGCUGUUCCAACGGUCCAGGAGGCUGACCUGCUUACUGAUGAAUGGGUGUAGUCUACAAUCAGAAUACGUGAUGCAAGUAGAAUGGGAGAAAUCCUCGAUCCAGGAGUUGGAUGUGACUGCCACGGAUCUGUCUUCGGAGUGUCUGAUCGACAUGCUUACCAGGAUCCCGAACCUGAGGUUCCUGAGCGCGGGCCAGAUCAACGGGUUUAAUGACUCCGUUCUCAAAGCUUGGAUUGAAGCCGGAACGGCAAGGAAUCUAGUAGCAUUAGACGUGGACGCAUCAGACAACCUGACGGAUGAGGCGCUGCACCGGUUCCUGUCGCGGCACGGCAGCCAGCUGUGGGGACUGGUGAUGAGCGGGAUGCCACACAUCACCGACCAGCUGUGGCAGAGUGUGCUGCAACUGUUGACUAACGCAAAAAUCCUCAUCAUGGGAACGCAAGAAAGACUCGGCGUCAAUAUUCACGUUGAUCAGCUAAUGGACGGCAUAGCCAACAGCUGUCCCAACCUGGAGCGACUGGAACUGCGCUGGGACCCGGAAAACUUGCGUUUCAGCGACAAGAGUCAGAAAGCCAUCGACAUUCUGCGAGUCAAGUGUUUGAAGCUGAAAUGCUUAGUGUUAAGCGAUGGCCGCUACUAUGAGAUCGUGAAAGCGAACUUCGAGCGCGCAGACCGCACCACAGUCGUGAGGACCUCCACCAACUGCCGAGUAUCCAACUACUAUCUACUGUCCAAUUAUAAAGAUCUUAUUUUCAACUGAAACUAUUCAAGAUAAAAUUGUAAAAUAAAGCAAAUUAAUCAUCAUCAUAAUCAACCCAUAAUCGGCUCACUGCUGAGCUUGAGACUCUUAACAGAAUGAGAGGGGUUAGGCCAUUUAGUCCACCUCGCUGGCCCAAUAUUGAAUUUCAUUAAAUGCACACAACUGAAAAGUUGGAUGUGCAUGCCCCAGAUCGGAUUCGAAACUACACCCUCCGAAGUCAGAGGGUCACAGGGAUAUCAAGGCUCAAAUUAAUUAUACCAUACAUUAUGCGAAAAAGCUAAGGAAAAAGAGAGAGUCUACCACAGCAAGGUUCUGUUGAGAAGAGCCGAAAAAAACUCUUAUUAUAAUUUUAAACGAGAAACUCGGUUUUUUUUUGUUUUUCUUUACAAGUUAGCCCUUGACUACAAUCUCACCUGAUGGUAAGUGAUGAUGCAGUCUAAGAUGGAAGCGGGCUAACUUGUUAGAAGGAGGAUGAAAAUCCACAACCCUUUUGGUUUUUACACGGCAUCGUACCGGAACGCUAAAUCGCUUGGCGGUACGUCUUUGCCGGUAGGGUGGUAACUAGCCACGGCCGAAGCCUCCCAGCAGCCAGACCUGGACUAAUUAAGAAAAUCUCAAUCUGCCCAGCCGGGGAUCGAACCCAGGACCUGCGUUUUGUAAACGCGAGUAACGCUCCACCCAGUUAUUGUUGAGGACUCUGCGCUCGAGAUUGUAGACGAAUAAAUCCACUGUAGACGAGUAAAUCCACCGCGCAUACCACUGCGCCACGGAGGCCGACAAAAAAUCAGUCAGUCACUCAGUCAUCAUACAAAUUUGGUCCCAAUAAUUAUUAUUCAUACACACAGCUGAAAAUUGGCCAUAAAUUAGAAUUAGAAUUUAAGGAGACUUCACCAAGCCAAUUUUCAUAAGAUUCUACAUUCUGAUUUGAAAAUCAGCGCCGUGUGUUAUGCUUGUAUAUAGUACACGGCAUAUGCUGAGCUGUACACCCUUUCUUUUUAAGGGUUACAGACAGACAUGCUGUUUUUAGUUAAGGAUACUGUUUGUAACUUUUAAAUUUGAAUAAAUUUAUUUUCUUUCUUUCUUUCAUUGGCCAAAUCAGCUAAAAUAAAUGGCAUGAACGUUGUAGUUAUUAAAUAGUUUAAUUUGAUUACUACCGGACUCAGCAACGUAUGCUGGUAAAUUAAGAAACAGAUGGUAGGUAGAAGAUAAUAGAUUAUAUCUACCUAACUAGCUAUGUUUUGUUAAUAAUGUUAAAUUAAGGAUUUCGUUUUUUUUACAAGUUAGCCUUUGACUACAAUCUCACCUGAUGGUAAGCGAUGAUGCAAUCUAUACUUACAAUAAAUCUGUAGAGAGGUCAAUUCUCUACAUGAAAUGUAUUAUGUAUUUGCAAAAUAACUAUCAGCGGGUGAUUAGUGAUCGAUACUGAUGCCAAAAAUGCAAUCAGUAAAAUUUUCGUGUCUGUCUGUAUAUUCGUUAUAGAAACAAAAACUACUUGACUGAUUUUAAUGAAACUUGGUACAAUUAUUCUUCAUACUACUGGGCAGGUUAAAGUAUACUUUUCAUCACGCUACGAUCAAUAGGAGCAGAGCAGUGAAAGGAAAUGUUGGGAAAACGGGAGAAGUUACUCCAGUUUUUAAGCUUCCAUCGCGUGGUUCUUCUCCCGUUUUCCCAACAUUUCCUUUCACUGCUCUGAUAGGGGUAGAGUUGAGUCCCUACUCAUCAACUGUAUGGUAGGGUAGCUUUAGAGUGGGAAUAAGGUAGGGUAGUAAUAGGGUUUCACGCGGACGAAGUCGCGGGCGUCCGCUAGUUUCUAAUAUAUUUCUUGCUCGUAAACAGUAGGUCACGUUUUGAAUUGUACAAUGACAAACAAAUCAAAGGAAAAUCUUUCUCAUUUUAGAAAUGCUAAAUGUUUGUCAGCUUAUGCUCUUAAUUACACGGUAGGUUUAUACAUUAACAGGAUUUUUUAUAUUUCAUUCAAAGAUAUAAACACGUUUUUUUUAUUUAUGAACUCUUCAAGACAGCUUAUGUUUAUAUUUUUAUAACACAUUUGCUCGUAAAGUAUUUCUUAUUUCACCAAUUUCAAUAUAGUAAUGUAUCUCAUAUAAUAUCGGCACUGCAUUUUUUAGUACAUUACUAAAAAAUGCACAUGUGCCGUAAUGUAAUAUAAAACCUUCAUAAUCCGUCUAAAAACGAACGGUACUUUUUUAAAUCUUAGCAAAGAAUUUUUAUGUCAGAUAAGUGCUCAACAUUUUAUGAAUAAAAUUAACUUUGUGAGAUAAAAUAAUAUAAUAAAUAGACAUUUAAUUCUUUCAUUUUAGUCAUUUUGACAAUAAAUGACAACCAUUUAUAAUUAACAGAAACACAAAAAUAUUAAUUGACUCUAUGAGUAAUACUGGCUGUUUUAGGUGCAUUUGCCUAAAAAAACGCUGGUGUGCGUAUCAUACGUAUAAUAUAUGUUAUCAUACGGAAAACAGGCAAAGAUGCAAAUUCAUUUUCAGAAAGUGUGUUCAGAGUGUUUCCUCGCAAAUGUGUUUUAAAACGUCGUAUGACAUACGUGCGCUUUGAUAAUUACAGCCUCUGCUUCCUUACUAUAGCUCUUUCCUUCAGCUCGAGCUGCAAUAUCGCCUCGGCUGUUAUUUUCAACUUACCGCACCUAUAUCUUAUUAUACUAUCACCAUUUAUGUUUAUGGAAUUUGAUAUUACUUACGCAGUUUACUGCCAUUUAAUAUAUUGUGUUAUAAAAAUAAAAAAAAAAUAUACAAAAAUG